CCCGCCCGGCAACGUAUUGCGCGCAUGCGCGCUGCUUUCCCAUGUGUACUGGGGCCGUCAGCUAGCCCAUCUGAGCAGAGAUACGAAUCCCCCUGGCAACCAGGCCUUAGCACCAGUGCGGCCACUCUCACGAGCUGCUGCUGCUUUCCUUGCUCGUCCUACUACCAGAGCGCACGUCGCUAUGGGCAAGAGCCGGACGAAGCGCUUCAAGCGACCUCAGUUCUCCCCUACGGGCAACUGUCAGGUUGAGGCGGCAGCAGGGGAAAAUGGGACUGGAGACGAGGAAGACGACGGGCCGGUGGCGGAGUUUCUGGAAAAGCUCCAGCACCCGAGCGCCGAGGUCCGCGAGUGCGCCUGCGCGGGGCUGGCCCGACUGGUGCAGCAGCGCCCGGCGCUCCCGGGCCUGGCCCGCCGCGAUGCAGUGCGCCGGCUUGGGCCGCUGCUGCUGGACCCCAGCCUGGCAGUCAGGGAGACGGCGGCUGGAGCGCUGAGAAACCUCAGUGCUUGCGGAGGCUUUGAAGUGUGUGACGACAUGGUGACUAAGGACAUCAUGACUCCUCUCGUGGCCCUGCUGAAAGAGUGCAGUGCUGGACUGGAUUCAAAUGAGGUGUCCUCACAGGAGAAAAAAGAUCAGAACAGAAAUGCUACUGAGAACAUAGCCAAUGAGGCUGUGAACGUGCUGUGGAAUAUAUGUGAAUGCAGUAGUAGAGCAGUAUCUAUAUUCAACAAAGAAGGGUGUUUGGAGAUUGUAUUAAAGUAUCUAAGUAGGUUUUCCACCAAUGUUGACCUGGCUAUUUCAGUAGCAUAUUGUUUACAGAUAGUAACUGAAGAUAACCCAGACCUACUGAAAUCUUUCAGUGCCACAGCAUUGCAUGUGCUGGAAUCUGCAAUGGUUUGUCCUGCCAGUUCCAUGGAGUACAUUCUAUUAAAGACAUUGGUGGCAGGCACAGUCUGGAAUCUAAAGGACGUUAUUCCAUCCCGGAGUCAGGCAGAAAUCAUAAAUGCCAUACUAAAGAUCCUGUCCGAAGUUUUGGAAAUGGAUGCUGCUGAGGUAGUUAUUCAGAUGAAAGAGGCCGAAACCCAGCGAUUAAAAACAGCUGCAGAGACGGAGGACAUUUUAGAGAAUGCUAAUGGUGAUGAUUUGAUGGAAGAUGAUGAAAUGGAAGAAAUUCCUCGUAAAAGAAAAGCAAGAAAGAAAACUUUCAUUUCCGAUUUGCUUCCACCCACUGACAAGGAACUGAAAGAGACCAUAGCAUUGCUCACAGCUCAGCAGACUGCUCUGGAAAUUAUUGUCAACAUGUGCUGCAGUGAAGAUCCCUCCGACGACGAAUGGGAAGAGCUUUCUAGCAGCGAUGAAAGCGAUGCAUUUUUGGAGAAUUCCUUCAGUGAGAGUGGUGGGCAGCUGCUGUCUCCACUCUGCCUCUCCCAUGAGAUUCACACCGCUCUCACCAAUUACCUCAUCCCAAAGAAGGUUUUUGAGAAAACUGCCUUUCCAAACAGCGUUGCAGUUGACAUAUGUUCUAGGCACCCUCCUUGGAAACCUUUGAUUAGAAAAAUGAACACUAUACAGUGCAGAGCCCUGGUGGGUCUCCAGAGUCUUGUGUCCCUCCUGGAUGUGGACCAUCUGGGAGGAGCUCCAGCCCUUCAGACACUUGCACUGCAUCUGUCACAACUUCUUUUUUCUCAACCAGAUUUUGCCCAAAAUGCUGACUUUCUAGAAGCUAUAAGUAGUGCCUUGAGGGCUCUUUUGCAAACAAUGGCCUCUAAGAACAUUCCUCAGUGCAUGACACCCGAUCAACUGAUGUCAUUAUGCAAAGCAGGCAUUCAUAGUAGUAACAUCGGAGUUAGAGUGAACGUUGUCAGUAUUUUAGGAAUCACUGGCAGUGUCCUAGCCAAAGAAGAUGGAACGCUUGAAACUCUUAAGACCAUUGGGUGCUUCCUGCUUGAGGUUGCCACCAAGGACCCUUGCCUUGUAGUAGCAGGAGAGGCUUUGGAUGCCCUCUUUGAUGUUUUCGCAGAUGGUAAAGAAGCUGAAAGAGCCUCCAUUCAAAUUAAAUUGUUAUCUGCUCUGAAGGAAUUCCAGCCCAUCUUCAAAAUGAAGAUCCGAAAAGAAGGGAGAGGUAAAUACAGUCCAGAUCAGCUGUGUGUUCUCAACAAUGUAAAGAUGAAUUUGAGAAGAUUUGUUGCUUAUCAAGAAACUGUUGAGAAAAGACUCACUUCUUGAACCAUCAAAGAGACUGGAGCUGCAGGUGUAGCUCAGUGGUAGAACAUUUGCCUGGCAUUCAUGGGGCCCGGGUUUAAUCCCCAGCACAGCAAGAAAAGAAUAAAAUGAGAAGAGGGGAGAACGGUUCUUCCCUGCAGUAUCUGAUGCUCUUGAUGCUAAAGGGUUUCCUUUGAGUAUUAUGCUUCAAAAAGCCAUUCUCAAUGCCUGUCGUAUAAAAAUUAAUUUGAAGUUUUAUAAAAAACUUUAAAACCUGUCCAAAGCUCUUGUUUCAGCAUUGAGAUCUGUGUGGCAUUUCUAAGGAUCUCUCUACUAUGUCUCCAGUAUACUUUAGUCACUGGAAACAAAGAAUAGAAAUGAAAUGCAACCUCAGGUGGUUUUUAACUAUGUUGUAAAAAGUAAAGAACUUGAGAUAAUCAUGUACUUGAAUUUUUCAAGAAAGGAAAAUCUAAAUCAUCACUUAGAUACUUUUAAAGCCAGUAUCGUUUUUACAGUAGCUGAAUCUUGAAGUGAAAUAUGAAUAUUAUGAAGUAUUUUGAUAUAGAGUAACCUUUAUCAAUCAUGAAUUUUGUGUGAAGAAGUGGAUGUGUUGGAUUUCUAUGUCACUGCUCAGUAGCUUAUAUUAAUGAACUAAUAAGGCCAUUGUGUCCUCUAUGAGCAGCUGUGGUCGGCUAUUGGUUUGUAACAUCACUCACUGAUUUGAUUUGAUAUAGAAGCAAAAUUGCUAGAAAAUAUUUUUGAAUAAAUAACUUUAAUUGAAAGCUUUAUGUCUUAUAAAAUUUUUUUAAACCACUAGAUAAUCCUAUUCCUGGGUGGUUUGCUUGCUAAUGAAUAUUGCUUCAUAUGUAUGUGAGACAUUAAAAAAGACUUGCAGCGA